AUGGUCAAAUUACCGCAGCAUCACAUUCUUAGUUUCGUCUACGACAAUGAAGGAGGUUGUGCUCUCACGGCACUCGUACACGGAGUCCGCUUUCAUGUCAUAGUCGACCCGGCAGAACUCAAGGAUCGGUCCAAAGCAGGCAAGAAGAUUCGCAGACAAUACCUGCAGUUACUUCAGCAAGUCAAGGACGAGUCGCAGGAGGACUGCGGCUGCCAUGACACAUCACCACUUUUCGUCCAAGAAGAUGAGGACGAAGAUGGCGAUGAGUCGGACGACAAAGACAGUGGCAUCAGUAUGAGCGUGUCGUCCGAGGAAGACGUCGACCCAUCAGCACCGUCGACUGUGCAUCUCCAAACCUUCGUCCUCAAGCCUCUGGCAAAGCUAUUCUCCAGCAAAGCGCCAAAGCCGAAGUCGAAGCAUAGGUCAGUGCAAGACUGGUAUCACUGCGCAACACAUUUCUAUCAUCUGUAUCUGUCCAAUGGCAAGCUCCUGGCACAGGAAGAUGAGGAGACGGACGACACGAAAGAGCACAUCGACAGCACGAUUCCUGUCAUCAAGUUGCCAAGGUAUAUCCAGAAGCUUGACGUCCCUUCAUUCUCAGCGUCAGAUAUCACCGUACUCGAUGAAUGCGAAGGACCAGAUCCGGUGCCUCUACAUCCGACUCUCGUGAAGGUAGAUGGCAAAGAGUACUUCCUCAAGACUGUAGACGCAGCUCAACCAGGCCCGACUAAGCGCGAACUCCAAGUCAUGAAGAAAAUCGAAGACGAAGGUAUCCACAAUGAGAUCCGAGUUCCUCUUCUCCGAGGCUUGGUCCAUUUCGAUGGAGAUGGCGAAACAAAGAUGAUGGGCUUCUUGAUGGAUGCCAUCGCAGAUCCCACUCCUUUGACUAAAAUGCUGGACUCAAACGUGUCUCAAGAGAAACGCAUGAAAUGGGCAGAUGAUUCCGCACGAACGGUGGAUCUGCUGCACCAGCACAACAUCAUUUGGGGAGAUGCGAAGGGAGACAAUUUCAUGGUAGACAAGAAUGAUGAUUUGUGGAUUAUUGAUUUUGGAGGCUCAUACACUGAAGGCUGGGUCGAUCCAGAGUUGAAAGAUAGCGAAGACGGUGACAUUCAAGGUCUCAAUAAAGUCGUGAACGGACUUCACGAUCCCGACGAGAAUACAAUACAGGAUCCUGAGGAAGGAGAGCACGCAAAUGAUGGAGCCGAGGAAGAGGACAAGACCAAAGAUGGAGAAAAGAAGAGUGAAGAUCAGAGUGACAGAAAACGGUUACACGGCGUGAAGAGAAAACAUGAAAGCGAUCUCAAGAACAAUGAAGACGGUCCAUCAGCUAAGGAACGUAAGAUGCCCAAGGAUAAUCGCGGUGCGAACCAAGUGCAUGAUGCAAAGCCCAACGAGCAGGAGAUGUAUGAUGCGGAUGCUGAGGAUGACGAGCCGCUUUAUUGCUAUUGCAACAAGCCCGAAGGAGGAAGGAUGCUGGCGUGUGAUGACGAGAGGUGCAAGAAGCAGUGGUUUCACUUCGAAUGCGUGGGUAUCGAAGAAGCGCCCAAGGAGAAGAAGUGGUACUGUGAAGGUUGUCUCAUCGCAGAGGAAUGGAGAAGUAAUCACGGCGACACUCGAAAACAUGCGCCAAAGUCCUUAUAA